CAACACAGCAUAACCUUCCUUUUAGCACCAAUUUCUGUGCUGUGUACACGUGUUUUUAAAAAUGGCACCCGUAGAAAAAGUUAAAAAAUCAGCCAAAACUGGCAAAAAAGUCAACAAACACCCCCUAAAUUCCUACCUUGGGGGUGGAAUUAUGCGUUACUCCAAAAGCCAGAUGUACAAACGCCGUGCUCAAUGGCGCCUAAAGUCAACAAAACGCCCAGUUGUUAAGAAGGAGAAAAUCCCAAUUAAGAAGGUUAAGAAGAUUGGAGGUCCCAAGAACGGAGGUGAACGUGUUGUUUACUUGAAGAAGCCAAAGGCCAACUACCCAACUAAGAAGGUAGUCAAGAAGCGCCCAGCUCGUGGUGUCUUCAGUAAACAUGUCCGCAACACUCGCAAGAACAUGAAACCUGGACGCGUGUUGAUCCUUUUGGCUGGUCGUCAUCAAGGCAAACGUGUUGUUCUCCUUAAGGUUUUGGCCUCUGGACUCUUGUUGGUUACCGGUCCAUUCGGCAUCAACUCAUGCCCAUUGCGUCGCGUUUCACAGCGUUAUGUUAUUGGAUGCCAAACCCGCAUUGAUUUGGGUAAAUUCACUGUACCCGAGCACAUCAAUGACACAUACUUCAGACGCAUUAAGGCCAAGAAGGAGAAGAAGUCCGGCGAAGGAGAUAUCUUUGCUCCCAAGAAGGAGAAGUACGUUCCAACUGAGCAGCGCAAGGAAGACCAGAAGGCCGUCGAUACACUUGUACUGAAGGCAAUCAAGGCCAGUCCAGAUGGCAAAUUCUUGAAGAAGUAUUUGCAAAAUAUGUUCUGCCUGCGUUCCACACAAUACCCCCAUCGUAUGAAGUUCUAAGCGCUUAAGAAUCGGAAUAUGUAACGAUUUUUUUUACUUAUAAUAAACCACAUUAUUAAAAUGGA